AUGCGUUUGCUCAUGCUGUGGAUGUCGCCGUGUACACAGUUGAAGGCAGUCGCUUUCGCACAACCCGUCGCUUUCUGGACAAGUUCGCCUUCGAAAACUUUCUGUUUUGCGUUUCGGCGAGGUCUCAAGGUCGCCGCAUGCCGUCGCCGGUCGCAGCGGAGCGUGCUUCGGCACCUAUCAGCAAACGUGCCGGAUCUGGCUUAUGUGACCGGAAGCACUCGUGAACCAGAACGCGAGUUCCAGGGUGCCCAGUGGGUAUUUCGGGUCUAUUUAGCACCGCAACUACGAGCUGCUCUUCGGGUGGCGGCCAGUGACCGGAAAGGACGCAUCUUUGUUCCCGGAACCGAGCCGAGUCUUGAAUUGCUUCGAAAAGGGAUAUGGGAACGCUUCUCAGCGCUGCAACGACUCGAGGGCACACCGCUUCACGUUGUCCUUGUUGCACACAGGCCAGACUCGCUGGAGCUCGUUGACUCUGAUGCACUGUUAAAAGAGGCUUGGCAAGCCAAAGCCCCUCUGUAUCUGCGUUUCGACCCGCAAAUCAGCGAUUCUAUGAUAGAGGAGUUUCGACAGCGGCCCCGAAACACCGACGGGGUACGAGAACGGCAGCGGGCACGGAUGUUGCCGCCAUUUUAUCCAGCCAAGGAGCUCGAUGCCGUAGACGAAGAUAUCCAAAUGCUUUCAUUCUAUCGCUUUGUGCCCAUUGCAGAGCCGGAAGAGCUCGCCUCUCGUCUACGUUUCUACCUGAAACCACUGGCGAUUCGCGGUCGCAUCUACAUAGCACCGGAGGGCAUCAACGCGCAGGUCGCAGUUCCUCUGCGUAGCCUCGACGCGUUGAAGCGGUUGCUCGAAGCCGAGUCUCCGUACCUGGUUGAACUCGCUGGUGUCUAUCUGAACUUGGAUCCACAGUUGCUGUCGGCAGCUCAAUUCGCUGCACAGCCUCCGUUUCGUAACCUACAUAUCCGUUGUCGGCAGAAAAUCGUCGCUGACGGUCUCAAGGAGCCGCUUGAUCUGACGCAAGCUGGUCGAGAGCUGAGCCCGGCAGAGUGGCAUCAGGCUUUGGAAGACCCGCACGCCAUUCUGAUCGACGUGAGGAAUGAUUACGAGACGCAGCUUGGAACAUUUUUCGGGAGCGCUGAGGCUCGCCCCCUGAACACCCGCACCUACCGGGAGACUUGGAAAGCGCUUGAGGCGCGUCUAGCAAACGAGCCUCGAGAUCGACGGAUACUCACUUUUUGCACAGGCGGAAUUCGCUGUGUCAAAGCAGCUGCCUAUCUGGAGAACCGCCUCGGAUUUCAACGCGUGGAGCGACUUGCCGGCGGCGUCGUUUCGUACGCCGCAGAGGCGCAUCGUCAAGGAUGGGAUCCCAAAUUCAAAGGAUCCAUCUAUGUAUUCGAUGAACGCCUCAAAACCCCGGUGACGAAUGAUAUUUUGAGCCGAUGUGAAACGUGCAGUGCCCCAGCACUGGACGUCUUGCACUGUGCGCAUGUACCUUGCCAUCGACGGAUGAUCCAGUGCGCACGUUGUCGCCACCGGCUCUCGGGAUGCUGUAGCCCCGAGUGCCAGCGAGGUCUCGAGCUUGCACUCGCAAGCGCUAGCAAUGAGCUGCACUGGUACGCACAGACCAUGAGCCGCACCGCUCCCUGGGGUACCGAAGCACCAAUCCUGCGGGAGCUCGCGGCCGAGACGCAUCGCAAGUUCCCGCAAGCCGCGCACAUGAUGAGUGGACCUGUCCAAGGUGCCGUCCUGCACGCGGUCGCUAGGCUGUUGCGAGCGCAACGUGUGCUCGAGCUGGGCACGUUUACCGGUUAUGCAACGUUGUGUUUUGCUGGCGCCAUGGGUCCGAACCACGUCCAAACUGUGGUGACGGUUGAGCAGGACCCCAACGCUGCAGACACCGCCGAGCAGUUCUUCAAAUGUGUUGCUGGUCAGCUGGCGCCUAUUGAGCUGCACCGAGGCGCCGUUUUGGAUGUACUGGAGCGCUUCCGCGACCAAGCUGUUGCGCCUUUUGAUCUCAUAUAUCUCGACGCUGACAAGCGCCGGUACAUCACCUACUUUGAUUUCAUCCUGGAUCAUAGACUCUUAUCUCCGAAUGGUGCGUUGCUUGUCGAUAAUGUUCUGUUUCGGCCUGUUUACGGGAAGCAGAAACACGCCCAAAUGGAGGAUGUUGAAUUUGGCGAACAUGCAGAGCGCAUCGCGCUACGCAGUCGGAAGCUCAUGGACGCGGUUCAUGCCUUUAACCAACACGUACUGGAAGAUGCACGCGUUACGCAGGUCAUUUUGCCUAUUCGAGACGGUCUAAGCAUCAUUCAAUGGCGUUAA